AUGCAGAGAUAUAUCACCAAAAGGGUAUUAUCGUCAACAAAUUCUCUGCGUUCCCGUCGCUGCUUCUCUGAACUUGCCCGAAAACAAACCUCUCUUCAAGAAAAUGAAAUCCAUAUUCCCCAACUACCCCCAUUCGAUUACUCUCCUCCUCCUUACACCGGUCCUUCCGCUGAAGAAAUCUUGGCUAAACGUCAACAGUAUCUCAGCCCUUCUUUAUUUCACUUAUACAGUAACCCCCUGAACGUGGUUGAUGGAAAGAUGCAGUAUCUAUUCGACGAGAACGGCCGUAGAUACCUUGAUGGUUUUGGAGGCAUCGCUACGGUGUGUUGCGGUCAUUGUCAUCCUGAUGUGGUUGAUGCAAUUGUUAAACAAAUCAACCGCAUACAACACUCUACUGUUCUUUAUCUCAAUCAUGCCAUUGCUGAUUUCGCCGAGGCCUUGGCUUCCAAAAUGCCGGGAAAUCUUAAAGUGGUGUUUUUUACGAAUUCUGGGACGGAAGCGAAUGAGUUGGCGUUGAUGAUAGCAAGAUUGUAUACAGGUUCUCAAGAUAUAAUAUCGUUGAGGAAUGCGUACCAUGGAAAUGCAGCUGGGACUAUGGGUGCCACUGCACAGUCUAUUUGGAAAUUUAAUGUUGUUCAGAGUGGAGUCCAUCAUGCCUUGAACCCAGAUCCAUAUAGAGGAGUAUUUGGUUCAGAUGGAGAACAGUAUGCAAAAGAUGUCCAAGAUAUUAUUGACUAUGGAACUACUGGCCAUAUUGCUGGAUUUAUAUCUGAAGCUAUCCAGGGAGUGGGAGGAAUUAUAGAAUUGGCCCCAGGUUACUUGCCUGCUGCUUAUAAAAGCGUUAAGGAAGCAGGGGGCCUUUGUAUCGCUGACGAGGUUCAGGCUGGGUUUGGACGCACGGGGAGUCAUUUCUGGGGAUUUGAGGCCCAGGGUGUUGUUCCAGACAUUGUGACAAUGGCAAAGGGAAUUGGGAAUGGCAUUCCUCUUGGUGCUGUGGUGACCACCCCUGAAAUUGCAAAAGUAUUGACACGUAGGAGUUACUUCAACACUUUUGGAGGAAAUCCUUUAUGUACUGCUGCAGGUCUGGCAGUUUUAAACGUGAUCGAGAAAGAAAAUCUUCAGGAAAAUGCACUAGUUGUGGGGUCCUAUCUGAAAAAGAGACUAACUGAACUCAAGGAUAAAUAUCAAAUCAUUGGGGAUGUGAGGGGAAAAGGAUUGAUGCUUGGUGUUGAACUUGUAACUGACCGCGAACAGAAAACUCCAGCAAAGGCUGAAACUCUGCAUGUAAUGGAGCAGAUGAAAGAAUUGGGAGUCUUGAUCGGGAAAGGCGGAUUCUAUGGAAAUGUUUUCAGAAUUACACCUCCACUAUGCUUUACUAAAGAAGAUGCAGAUUUCCUUGUGGAUGCGAUGGAUUACACAAUGUCAAAGAUGUGA